CCAGAGAAGAGAAAGAGUCAAGAUGAAAAAAGUUCAAGAGCACCUGAAGCAGGAAUGAGCAGCAUCGCGCCUCAGGAGCGUUUUCAUCGUACACAAUAGAUAGAUACUGUUUAUUUUAGACAACAAAGACUGAGAAAUUAACCAAAUUAUGAAAUGACAUAAGCUUUUUUGCCAGUAUGGGUCAGCAUUAUUUACUCCAGGCCAGUGUCUUCCGUGCAGCUGUCUUGUUUGCUGUGGUCGUCUCGAUCCCUCAUGUUUACUCUGACUGUUCACCGUGCCAAUAUAAGAUUGACCGCACAACAUCAAACAUCACUAUAUUUAUAGGAAACAACUCCUCAUGUAGUGUGCAGAACUACAACAUUACAAAAACUCAGAAUAGCAUCAUAGUGACUGAACUGCAGCCUGGAAACACAUAUUUCUUCAAAAUCAACUGCUCAGAUGUGUGCUGUGGAAACUUCUCCACCUACCCAGAGCCUGUUAGUAACCUGUCUGUGAACUCCAUCACUGUGAGCUCAGUGAACCUGAGCUGGAUACUUCUAAAUGGCAUUAGUCCAUAUUAUAGAGUAGCUUGGGAUGUAAACCUGCUCACCGCUUACCAAACCUCCAUGCAAAUCUCACAACUUGCACCCGGCACCAAAUACACCUUCAACGUCACCUCGGUGGCCUCUGAUAACCGCACUGAGGGGCGCACUGUUCAGAUAUCCCAAAACACAAGUCCAGCACAAGUGGAGAAUAUCACUUUACUGAAUUCCACUAACAGCAGUUUGACCUUGGCCUGGACACCCCCUCUCGGUCAUGUGGACACAUAUGAGGUGAGCGUGUCCGGUGCUGAGCCGAAGACCAUCACCGUCAUCAUCUCUUCAGUAAUCAGUAACCUCACGGCAGGACGUGUUUACAGCAUUACAGUCGCCUCCGUCAGUGGAGUCCUGAAGAACAUCUCUAACAUAGUGCAGUUUGCCACUAAGCCUAACCCGCCUGAAGCUCUCCGCGUGAGCGGCCAGACUAAUGGAUCUAUUUCUUUGCUGUGGUCAAAACCCUUAUCAAUGGAUGGAUUGAACGUGUCCUAUGAAGUGUCGUAUAGAUCCAGUCAGUCAGGAGUCAACCUGACUUUGAAUCCAACCACCUCUUUAAAUGCGACGCUCACAAAUUUAUUAUCGGGCAGUCAGUAUGACAUCGCUGUGGUCACCAUAGGAGUAAAAGAUCUCAGGAGCUCACUUGUAAAUCUCACUGCAUAUACAGUUCCUAAUACAGUGCAAAAUCUGGUGGUUUCUGCUGUCAGCACCAGUUCAGUCAAUCUGACGUGGCUUCCCCCUGAUGGGAACUCCAACCUGUUCUCCUACAGUGUUAGCAUCUCUUCACCCGAUCAGACUCUCAGUACCACAUCCAACAAUUAUCAGAUUACUCAGUUGCAGCCUGGGACUCCAUAUAAUUGCAGCAUCAGAACACUCAUAAUAGUUGCCAACAUAUCUGGACCCUCACAGUUCAUACAGUGUAAUACCAAGCCACUGCCGGUGACUAAUUUAACCGCCUCUCCUGUCGGCACCACUGAGAUGCGCCUGUCCUGGUUUUAUCAGAGGAACAACAAAUCUUUAUAUCUGUAUAAUGUGAGUGUAAAUGGGGAACGAUGGAUACAGAGUAGCAUUAAUACCACACAGGUCUCUGACCUGAUCCCCGGGAACAACUACACUUUUACUGUGCAAGCUGUAGUAAACGGCAUGAUCUCUGAAACUGUAGCCAUCUCUGCAUUUACAGAGCUUGGUAAAGCAUCCAAUAUUUCUGCUGUAGGCACUACUCAGAGUAUGCGAGUGGAGUGGAGACCACCUGCUGGUAUUGUGAGUCUCUACAACGUCAAAAUCCUGCUGAACGGAACCGUUUUAAAGACUGAGAACCGAACGAAUGAGACUACCGUGGUGUUCUCAGACCUGCUGCCUGGAACUCCUUACUUGGUCAUUGUGACAAGCAUCAGUGGACCCAUAAAGCAGGACAGCGAUAGUGUGUUAAAUGCCACCUUGCCUACUCCUCCUGGCGAGUUCAGGACUGAGCGGACCACAAACUUUCUGUACAUCAGCUGGGCUUGGCCCCUUAACAUGAGCACAGUGUCACACUACUUCCUCUUGCAGUACAGCAACAGCACACUCAUUUCAAGCUCAGUGAACUGCAGCCAAAACUACAGCUCUCUGACAGGACUCAGUGCAGGUGUCCCGUACAGCAUCACUGUGAGGACUGUUGGUGCACUGGGAUAUUUGAGUUCUCCUCAGAGCCUCACUGCAUAUACAAAUCCUACUGCUGUAAGUGAUGUGAGAGUGAAUGGAUACACCGAGACCAGUUUAUCUCUGAGCUGGCAGCAACGUGAUGUUCAGCAAUCCGGUUACUCCUACCUGCUCACCUUCAAACACCCCAAUGGCACAAUUGACCAGAAGACUGUAAAUAACACUGCAGCGCAGCUACUGUCACUGCGGUCGGCUAGUCAAUACAACAUCAGCAUUAUCACGCAGACGGCGGGCGGCACCAAGUCUGAUCCCCAGUUUCUAACUGCCUGCAGUAAGCCAUUUCCGGUUUCCAAUGUGGGAAAGGACGUCCUGAAUGUUUCUGCUGUGAGGCUGAACUGGUCCCGUCCUCAGGAGUACGGCGAUGGGUUUUCCUACCGAGUAUUGGUGUCCAACUGCACAGAAAACAGUAGGAACUUGUCUACUUCCUCUGAAAACAUCAUAGUACAAGACUUGCAGCCUGGCACCCUGUGUCAGUUCAGUGUAUAUAGUUUGGCCUGCGGCAUUCUGGGAGAACCAGCAAACACCUCUGUCCUCACAAAGCCCUCUACAUCGAUUCCCAAACUAGAUAAUCAAGGCUCUAAUCACUCAAUCUUGGUGACGUGGGAUCAUCCUGUUGGUGGGCUGGACCUGUACAUUCUGAACAUCAGCAGUGAAGGAUGGAGCAGCUAUACAGUUCUCAAUAACACUGAACACAAUCAUACCUUCACUCAACUAAAAGCAGCAACUGUCUUCACAGUCACACUCACGACUGUCAAUGCAGCCUUUCGGGAAACAUCACUUCCAGUAAAGAUGGCCACUUAUCCAAACAGACCAGGAGAGAUUAAGAAUUUGUCAAAGAGCAAUCAUUCAGUGUUGUUUCAAUGGGCUGAAGCUCAGGACAUGACAGCUGGCAGCUUCAACUACAGCCUGACCUACUGGUCCAGCUAUAACACCAGCCUAUAUCUCACUUCUAAUAACACUUUCCUUGUGGACGGCUUGCGAUCUGGAACAUCCUAUAAUGUUUCUGUGGCUACUGUAGGGCCAAUGGAUUUCCAGAGUGAUUCUGUCACAUACCAUGUAACCACCAAGCCUGAUCCUGUCCAAAACCUACAAGUUCAUUCCACAACAACAAAUGCCAUCUCUUUAGUUUGGGCAAGAGUGGAAGGGGUCCCAAAAUAUGUAGUGAGGGUGUACAGGUAUAGCAAGGUAGAGAGCAACAUAACCAGUUUAGAUAACAACGUGACGAUUGACAUACUGAAACCUUCAACGCUCUAUAACAUCAGUGUGCAGAGCUGCACUUCUGACAACACAGAGGGAGAUGCAGUGUGGCUGCAACCAUGCACAGAUGCAGCACCAGUGGACGAGGUGACCUGUACGGGUCCUAAUUUAACCUUACCAAUGCUCACCCUCUCAUGGAGCCGUCCUCUUGGUGAAACCCAGAGAUUUGAAAUCAAGCUGUUUAACUUUUCUGAAGAGUUAGAGAACAAUCAAACCACCAAUCUAAAUUAUAACUUCUAUAGACUCAAGUACAACACUCUGUACAAUGCCAAGCUCUGGACUCUGGGUUGUGGGAAGCAAAGCACAGUGAAGGAGAUCUCCUGUAGGACCGGUUUUACAAAACCUGUUACACCUAAUAUGACAGCAGUGAGUGUAACUGAGGUACAAUACAACAAGUUUACUGUGAUUCUUAAUCAAGACAUCUUCAAUGACACAAAUGGUUCUGUGAUCCAUUAUGGUGUGCUUGUCUCCUCCGUCACAGACGAUUGCAGGGUCAAGACUAAGUUGGAUCAAUGCCUGUCGAGCACCUAUGAGGACUGGAAAGCAAAGCGGCGCAACACAUUCCUGGCUGCUGUCAAAAACACAACAGAGUCUAGAAGUGUGCAGGACCGAAGAAUCAUAGUUGGAGAUGAAACUAUGUGGAAUAGUUACAAAAAUGGAGAACUAAAUGCCAAAAGCAGUUACAAUUUUGCUGUCAUCACUUUCACUCAUCUGGAGAUAAAUAACCUUUUAGUGGAUGUGUCUAAUUCAUACUACUCCAUAUCUGAGUUUAGUCCCAUCACUCUGCCACAGAACCCAGUGGUAAUUCUAGGAGCAGCAGCAGGAAUUGGUGUUACUGCUCUUCUGGUUGUAAUCAUCAUCGGGGUUGUGGUUUGUAGACGGAAGCAAAGAAAAGUUGUUUCUACUAGCAUUCCUAUCCACUCUUUAAGAAACAAAGUGAGUGAUCCAAUUAAGGUGGAGGAUUAUGAGGCUUACUACAAGAGGCAAAGGGCUGAUUCCUUCUGUGGAUUUGCUGAAGAAUUUGAGGAUCUAAGGCCGGUUGGGACAAAUCAGCCGAAGACUGUUGCUCUGGCCCCUGAAAACAAAGCCAAGAAUCGUUAUAACAAUGUGCUGCCAUACGAUUCAUCUCGUGUCAAGCUCUCUGUGCUCGGCAGCCCAUUUGAUGACUACAUCAAUGCCAGCUACAUGCCGGGUUACACAUCAAAGAAGGAGUUUAUCGCAGCCCAAGGGCCACUGCCCUGCACUGUCAAUGACUUCUGGCGACUGAUCUGGGAGAAAAACGUGCAGACUAUUGUCAUGCUCACCAAAUGCAAUGAGCAGGGACGGAUAAAAUGUGAGGAAUACUGGCCAGCAGAUGUAAGUCAUUUUAACAAUCUGACAGUGACGACUACUUCUGAGAUCCCACUGGAGGACUGGACUUUACGUGACUUUGAAGUGAAAAAUGUGAAAACAGCAGAGAUUCGAUCAGUUCGUCACUUCCAUUUCACUGCAUGGCCAGACCAUGGAGUUCCUGAGACCACUGAGCUUCUCAUCAACUUCAGACACCUGGUGCGAGAACACAUGGACCAGUACUCAAGACAUUCACCCACUCUUGUGCACUGCAGUGCCGGUGUGGGCCGGACGGGAACCUUCAUCGCCAUUGAUCGGUUAAUCUUUCAGAUCGAGCGGGAUGGUUUAGUGGAUGUAUAUGGGAUCAUUCACAAUUUACGCAUGCACAGACCACUGAUGGUACAAACAGAGGAUCAGUAUGUGUUUCUUAACCAGUGCGCCAUGGACAUCAUCAAGUCUCGGACUGGAAACAAUGUAGAUUUGAUCUACCAGAACACAGCUGCACUCACUAUUUAUGAGAACUUUGAGCCCUUGAAAAAACCCAAAAAUGGCUACCAUAAGGCCUGACCAUCUACCUUGAACAGUUUGCUGCACUGCUGUGAAUGAAACUUUUUUUUCUCUUUUGUUUCAUUUUUAAAUUGAGUUUUAUUUAAAGAGGAAAAAAUAUAUAUAUUUAUUAAGAAGUUUGUUCAUAAAGGUAUAUAAGUAUGCUGAAAUAUUUUAAAUGUAAAUACAGAAAUGUAGCUGCAGGGAUGUUUUGUAAGAGUUUUCAUAGAAUAAAGUUGAUAAUGUUUCAGUGAUGUAAUAUGGCAUCAUAAAAGUGGCAUUUCCUCAGACAAGGCGACAGGUGAAAUGAAGAUGAUCAUGAAUAGAAAUAUAGAAUGUAAAUAUGAAAACGUCACAUAGAGCUUCAUCAUAAUGUAAUGCAGUAACAUUGCAUUUCUACUUCACUGCAGCAGCAGUAAAGACAAGAUGUUUUCAAAACACCUUUUCUAUGAUUUAACAUAGCAAUAUGAGUGAGUAGGCUGGCAAAUGGUUGACAGUGAUUUCUGGAUUCAAUAUAUCUGUGAUUUCUGGAUUUCACAGCUCUAAAGUUGAGCUUAAAUGGACCAUGAGGACAAGAAGUUAGUAAUGAGUAGUAGCAAUGUCUUUGGUUUGUUUCUGGAAUUGCUUGUUCUCAGUAAAGAUACAUGCUGACCUGUCUUUUUCUUUUGUUUUUUCUUUUAGAAUCAGGUCAGUUUUGUAUGUGCCUACUAACAAUUUAUUAUGAAAAGGUUUUAACAGAGUGUGACUCUGUACCAUGUUAAUGCACUUAAAUUGUUAUAUUUGUAUAUAAUAUAUUUUGUUCAAACUGAACUUUCAAAUUCUUUUUUCACAAAGUGUUGUUCCAGGGACUUUUUUCUUAUGUGGUUUUAAUAUUCUGUAUUUUUUUUUUAAAUUAUUGUUUAUUGAUACUCUGCUGGUCACGGUAAAGAACCAUACAGAUGAACUUUGUAUUAUAUAUAGGAUUAAAAAAAAGCUGCACUUUA